AUGAACUAUCUGGGCCUCAAAUUGGACGGCACCUGGUGCUUCAGAGAACACGUAAAUAGACUGGUCCCCCGACUAAGGGUAGUAUCCGCCCGGUUGGGCAGGCUCAUGUCCAACGUCGGGGGACCAGACGGGAAGGCUCGUCGCCUCCACGCAGGAAUUUUAAAUUCGGUGGCGCUAUACGGUGCGCCAAUCUGGGCGGAAGCCCUGGCCGCCAGUCGCCCGAUGCAGGCGCAAUUGCGCAGAGUGCAGAGGGUGCUGGCGGUCAGGGUAGCGCGGUGCUACCGCACCGUGUCCUGCGUGGCGGCGACGGUCCUGGCGAGCAUGCCCCCCCUGGAGCUCAUGGCCCUGUCGUACAAGAGAAUGUACGACAGGAAGCGUGAGCUCAUCCGUACAGGGGGGGACGGUGAACCGCUCGCCAGGGCAAUACGUGAGAUGAAGCACCAGACUCGGCGGGUCCUCCUCGAGAGAUGGCAAAGGCUCCUGGCCAACGCCAGGUACGGGAGGAGGACCGUCGAGGCCGUCCGGCCCUUCCUGCAGGAGUGGGUAGGAAGGGCACGCGGAACCCUGACAUUCAGGAUGGCACAGGUGCUCACCGGGCAUGGCUGCUUCGGACUGCCCCGCCUGGAGUGCCGAGCGCGGAGUCAUGGUCCGGGCCUUGGGCCAGGACCUCUCGCUCCCGAAGAUAGUCGGGGCGGUCCUCGGGAGCGAGAUGAGAUGGGAUGCAUUCUCCUCCUUCUGCGAAUCAGUCAUGACGCAGAAGGAGGAGGCGGAAGAGAUGCAGAGAAGGGCAGAGGGCCGGGGGAGAAAAAGGAGGCGGAGAGAGAGGCACCGCCAGUGGAGAGCGGGGAGGAGCAGGAGUAG